AUGGUGGAGAGCGGUGCGGUCCGCGUGGUUCGCUGCGGCGGCAGCAGAAUUCACUACCGAAAGGCUCUCUUCAGCGUGGACUCCCGGUUCCUGCUGUGUGCGGCUGGCAAUCGCGUUCAAGUGCUCAGCACCCAGAGCCAGGAGUGCCUGCACAUCCUGGAGGGGCACAGCAGCCUCGUUUCUGGACUCGUCCUGAACCCUGCCAAUCAUCUGCAGCUCUACUCCUGCUCUGUGGAUGGCACCAUCAAGCUGUGGGACUUCACCGAUGGACUGCUUAUGAAGACCUUUCACACUCGCUACAAGCUGCUGGCCCUUUAUGCCUCGGCUGCCCACCCAGGGGUCCUCUUUGGCAAGAUCCCCGUGAACAAUGAAGAAGCCUCAGGGCUCUUCCAGCUGGUUGCGCUGAGGCUCCCCAAGUCAUCGAGGCAGGAGGAGGACAUCGCCGAGCUGUCCUGCGUCUUGAUGGAUGUCAGCCCGUCCCCGGGGGCCACGUGCUUCAGUAGCAGGGGUGAAUACAUCGCCUCCGUCAAGGACCUGAGUCUCCUCGUCUAUUUCUUCUCAUCACAGAAGGCUUUCAGCUUCUCUCUGAAGGCCACCGACAAGAAGGAAGUCAAUAACGUCUUCACCUGCGUGGACUGCCAUCCCAAGGAAGACUGCAUCGCCACUGGCCACAUGGAUGGGAAGAUCCGUCUGUGGAGAAACUUCAACCAGAAGAAGAUGUACACCUACUGCACCAUGCACUGGCCACACAGUGCCGUCAAUGACCUGGCAUUCACCCCUGAAGGUGAGGUGGAGUGUCUUGGCGGCGUCGAGUCGGUGCUGGUGCAGUGGCGCUACGAUGAACCCCAGAAGAGAGACUUCUUGCCACGACCUGGGGGCGCCAUUGAGCUUGUGGCCGUCUCUCCUGACGGGUCCCUGCUCUGCACCUCUCACAGCGACAACAAGCUGACCAUCAUCCACAGCAGCCUGAAGGUGGCAUCUGUCAUCCAGGGCCUGAUCAGAGGUGGCACUGUGAGGGCGGGACUGAACUUUGACCCCCGUAGCCGGGCGCUGGUGAUGAAUGGGCGGCACGGUCACCUGCAGUUCUACUGCCUGGAGCGAGACCAGCAGCUGUACAGCCUGGACAUCGUGCAGCAGGAAAUCAUCGACGAGUGCGGCCUGCAGCAGUUUGAGGUGGCGCAUGUAGCCUUUGAUGCCAAGGGUGCUUGGCUGGCAACUGUGGAGGAGAGGACUGGGAAGCGGUCAGAUGUGGAGCUCUGCUUGAAGCUGUGGGCAUACGACGAGAGCUCACAGAGCUUCACUCUGAACACGACGGUGAUGACUCCUCACGAUGACCACGUCGUGGCACUCUGCUUCUGCCCUGGCAGCGGUACACCCAUGUUGGUCACGGCGGGCAGUGAUGGCUGCUUCAAAGCCUGGGUGCUGGGGCCGAUUCGGAUGAGGAAGGUAGGACCAAAACCCGGGUGGAGCUGCGACUUUGUUGGCACUUACCAUGGACUCAGUCCUGCCACCUGCUGCUUCUCUCAGGAUGGCUCCAUUCUCGCUGUGGCCUUCGAGCAGAUUGUCACGGUGUGGAGCCCACUGUCCUGGGAGCUCCUGGCCACAAUUUGCCAGCCUCCAGGGCACAUCAGAGAACUGUGCUUCGGGAGGCAGAGCUGUGCCAGGUACCUGUUGGGCAGCACCAGUGCCAACUUGCUGUGCUGCUGGGACCUGCUAACCUGCACAUGUAAGUUCUCAACGUUGGCUGUGCUCAAGGGUGACCCCUGGAGUGAAUAUGUGGCGGCGUUCACGCAUGCAGCCGACGUCACGGACCUGUUUGUCUUCAAGCCCAGCGAGCCGCGGCCCACCUACGUGCACAGGGAGGUGUGUCGCGGGCAGGUUCUGCAUGCCAUCUCUCACCCUCCGAGACUCCGUGGAGGGACACCUGCCCCUGGCUCAGCCAGGUCCUGCCUCUACCUGCUACAGAAAACCCUGGAGCUGGGUGCUGCCCGCCGCCGAUCGAGGAUGUCUUGGCGACGCGUUCUCCAUGCUGCUGCAGCAGGUGGGCAUGGUCGCCCAGGAGGAGUGUGUCUCGCUCGCCCGCAGCCUCCUCAGAGCUCAGUUGCUGUCCGUGAGUUGUUGCAGACCCCCGCACACAUCCUCCCAGCGGCGACCUUCCUCUGCGCCCUCUUCAUCAACUCCCUGCUCAUCUCCAGAGUCACAAUUGGUGGUGGAGCCCCCCCCCCGGGCCCCCUAACUGUGUCUGUGGCCAAUCAGGUGCCGGCAGCUGGUAAAACGAGGAGGAGGAGGCCCCCCUUUGAGGGCAGGGUGGGCGGCGGCCGUGAAGCAUUCAGACAAGGCGGCCAGCGGGAGUGA